GAUACUGGAACCGUUCAUCCAUUUUUACAUCAAAGCAAAAAAUAUCUAGAAGAUGGACUAUUUUAUGAGGAAGGAGGUUUUGACCCACUGGAAAGCCAGUGACUUAUGGGUCAUUGUGUUUGAACGGGUAUAUAACUUAUCAACAAUUGUUGAGCAAUAUGGGCCAGAUUCAGAGGCAAUUAAACCACUUCUCAAGUUUGCUGGCGAAGACGUGAGCCACUGGUUUGAUAAAGAAACUGAGGAGUUUCUCAACUACACCAACGUCUGCAGCGGCAAACAGGUGCCUUUUGAUCUACAUGGAAUUCCACCCCAUGUUUUGGACGCUGAUAAGUUGAAUGGCAAACCCGUCUGGUGGAAAAACAAAGAUUUACAGGUUGGCAUGAUAACCAAAAAGCAGCGGACAGUCCGGAUCAUCAACUCCUUGACAGACACAAUGACCACCUUAGAGUGUUGCACGGAAGACAAUCUGCAGAAGAUUAAAGAUAGAUACUCUGCUCUCGGAUUUGACGUUUCACAUUCAGCAUACACAUGGAUGUCCUUUCUGACAGGCAAAGAAUUGGAUCUGGAAAAGAGCCUUGACGAAAACAAUAUCCCAGACGAGUCGGCGCACUUUGAAGAACUUUGUCUGCCAGACGACUUGCACACUCCGUCCAUACUGCUUUUCUACAACAACGUAAUUACCACACCCCUGCCGCUGAGACUAGAUCCAGAUCUGGAUUUAUCUUUUGACAUCCAGUAA